AGGCAGUCGAAAGCUUCACCGAGCUCCGGCAGCAUGUCGGACCCGGUUUGGACAACAGUUUUCCUAUGGCUCCUCUGGCUGCCACACCUCCAGCCAAAUGCUUGGGUUUCUGGCGAGGAUUCACCACCACCCUUUCAGCGGAUCUACCAAUCGGAACAACCGGUGCGUCGUGCAAAGGCACACGAGAUGGGCGGUCAUGUGAAUAAAAGUGUCGAUCCCUGUGUGGAUUUUUAUGCCUAUGCCUGUGGCAAUUGGAAAUCAACUUCUACGCCAAGGGAGCAACUGCAGCAGCAAACGGACCGCGAGCUCCUCCUGCUCCUGGAGGAGGCUGUGAGGAGGGAGGAUAGCGUCAUAGCUCGACAGGCGAAGGAGUUCUUCAAGUCCUGCGUGGCGGCACAGGCGCAACAAAGCCAGCAGCAGCAGCAGUUCCUCAGCGAGUUCAUCACCCAGAAUGGAGGAUUUCCAGCGGUUCCGGGUUCCCAAUGGGCGGUGCAUCAUCACGACUACGAUUGGCUAAGUGUGCUGGGUCGACUGAGGCUCCACUAUGGAAUGGACAUCCUCAUCGGACUCCGGGUGGGUUAUAACUACGGCAAUGUGAACGAGAACAGCUUGUACUUGAGCGAACCCAGCACUAUAAUUCCACCCGAGUUGUGCACCCGAAAUCGCUUGGACAUCAGGGACUCCAUUUACGAACCCCUGGAGCAACGAGUGGCUUCCGAACUCAAGUCUUGGCUGGCAUUGGGACAUGAGGAAUCCGCUCGCCUGGCCGCCGACAUCCUCAGCUUCGAGCAUGAACUGUGUGGCGGAAUGCAAGGUAGACCCUUUUAUCCCUGGGAUGGCGAAGAGCAACUAUACGUGGCAAAUUACAGUCGCAAAACAUUGAGUGAGUUCUCAAAUGCCUUCGAACUCGAUCUGGCAUCAUAUGUGAGGGCCAGCUAUGACAGGGAUAUCUCCAAGCCUAUUUACAUGGCAUCACCGGAAUACUUUCGCCAACUAAAACGCACUGUGGGUGCUCACAAUAUCAGUUUGGUGGCCAACUACAUUAUGUACCGAGCGGUGUCAUUCCUGAAUUUCCCCCUAGAUGAUCGCCCACAUUUGAGGAAAGGACAGUGCCUGGAACGAACCAAAGAACUACUUCCGACUGCUUUGGGAGAACUUUAUGCCCGCCAGUUUGGAACGGAGGAUAAUAUAACAGAUCUUAAUAACCUGUUUGAAAAACUAAAGACAGCCCUGAGACAGAGUUUGGGUGCAGACUGGUUGGUGGAGGGCAGCCAGCGAGUGGGUCAAGAUAAGCUAAGGAACCUCAAGCUUGAGAUGUCGGGUUACGAGCGCCCAUUGAUCCUCAAACUGCAGCUGGAGCGUGGAAACUAUUGGCACAAUCUCCGUCAGCUUUUGGGUGCGGUUCAAUCGCACAGAAAUAACCGCCUCUUCGAAGAAUUCAUGCCAGCUCCCUCGGAUCCCGUGGAUGCUUUUGAGGCCAGGGUGCGCCUGCGACCAGUUCAGAGACGUUUGGAUAUGGGAUUGGCCCUGCUGCAGCCUCCUGCCUACGAUCUCCACUAUGGCCACGCCCUUCGCUAUGCCACUUUGGGCGUUAAGCUGGCGCAACAGUUGGUAAUGGCUUUCGACGAUCCCCACUGGUCGGUUGGUCUGCUCGAGCGGGACAAUUGGGAUGGCCAAACAGCCUGGGAAUAUCACAUUCGAAGCAAGUGCUUUGCCCGCCAGGUUGAACACUAUUUGCGAGCAAAUGAGAGUGCCACCAUGCAGUUGAUCACGGACAGUGGAGCCCUCAAUGUCGCCUUCCGAGCGUAUCUAACCUGGCUGGGAUUCCAAGAGCCAAACAACGACUUCAGUAAGCUGACCAAGGAGACUCUACCGGAACUAAAUUACACGAACACGGCUCUUUUCUUCGUGGCCUAUGCCCAGCAGCACUGUAGUCUGGAGGAGAUUCGUCCCAAAGGUGACCAAUGGACACCGGGAGGAUUCCUCUACAGCGCACGGCAGAAUCAUACCUGGACACGUCUGCAGGUUAAUGGUCCACUUCGCAAUUCAGUUGAAUUCGCGAGGGAAUUCCGGUGUCCCAUUGGCUCUCCCAUGAAUCCUGCCAGCAAGUGUACUAUAUACUAAAAAUAAUUAUAAUUUGAUUAAAAGCAAUACACGAAUUCUUUGACAUAUGAAAUAUACCCUUAUCAGAACUA